AAGUGAUAAACCGACUGGGUUCAGAAUCCUUGGUUCUUAACACCUUACCCGGGGCUGGAAGGUGCCCAGGGAUGAUCCCGAGGUGCCUGGGAUCAGCGCUGUGAAUGGUUCCUACUCUCAAGUCCUGUUCACCCCGGCCGGCGGUGGCGAUUCGGAGCUCCCAGCCCGCCCUUCGCGCGGACCGAGCCAGGCCAGAGGGCGGGGCCUGGUGGGCCGCUGCGCGGUUUCCCUGGUGACAGCCGCGCGGAAGAGGCGGGGUGGGGCCCCACCUCCCGGCUACCGGGCGCGGUGGCCUGGGACCGCGGCCACGGAGAGCCUGACAGAAGCGGGGCAAAAGAGAUAGUGCCAAAAACUGGGUUUCUGGACGGGGUAAUUCCGGCCGCAAGAGCUGGUGGCAGGAUCUGGGUCUGGAUUUGGGGGGUGAGGCUGUAAGCACGGGGCGGGGCACACAAAUGCUGCGCUGUGACCUGCUGCCUCUUAGGUGUGAGCUGGUGACUGCGGCGGGGCGAGCCAUGCCUUGGGACUCCCCGUCGUUGUGGGAGCUGGUGAAGGAGCAUGUUCCGCUCCAGGAGCGACCUGAAGUGAAGAGGAUUCUGGGGGAGGCGGCGGUGGACCUGAGCCUGGAGCUGUGGGAGGAGGUGGCGAUGUUAUGGGCACUGCUCCAAGAAGCUCGAUCUUCCCAAGCCCCCAGCUCAGCCCCCAUCUCUGACCCCUUCACUCUUCUGGCACCAUCACCCCUCAUAAGGGACCUUGUGCGCCAGGAAAUCCGGCAGCUGCUCCAGGGUCUCCGCUACAAGGCCAUCUGCGAGGGCAGGGACCAGGCGAAAGCUUGGGUCCAGUAUAACCCCAGGGUCCUGCGCUUUGCCUUGGAAGAGCCCAGGUGUAAUUUGCCAGACCGGGAGAUAUUCCAGAUAAGAGAUAGUGAACCCAGGUCUGGGGUGAGCAAUGUAGGGCGAGUGACAUUGACUUCAUCAGCCAGCAGCAGUCACAGGGAUCUCAGCCUCAUCAAGAACCAGCUGAAUGUGUCCAACAUUGAUCAGGUUGCUGGACACCUGAGAGGCCUCCUAGAAGAGGAGUGUCGUACCUUGGAGAAGGAGAUCCCCAUCCUGCAGCGCUGCCUGGAAGAGGAGGCCGUGCGGGCUUGCCACCCCUAUGAGGCAACCCUGGAGCCCACUCUGGCAGAGCUAAAGGAACAGAGGAGGGCCAUGGAGCAGGAGCUGCAGGCAUCUCUGUGGCCUUCUUGUGUUUCUUCCAACCACAGGCAGUGGCCCUUGGGAUCCUCCACUCAGGGCCUCAGACCGCUUCCUUGCUUCUGUGGGGCUGCUGGAGUUUGGGCUGUGUCCCUCCAACACCACCUGCCUGCACCUCCUUUGGAGCACUGUCCCCGACGUGGACGCCGGGCUGCCACCUGCCGCUGGGGACGGCAGCUUCAAUGCAGCCCCAGGGAAAGAGCAGCUUCCACCUUGGUGUCCAGUGAGGUGUCCCAGGCCCCAGCAUGAAGGGCUGGUCACAAGAUGGGCUUCAGCUCCUGCUGAAAUGUGCCCCAUCAGCUGCUGUGGCCCCACCAGCUUGAGAUUGCGUCUUGGAUGAGCUCUUGCCAAGAC